ACUGAGAUUAUGUCACUGUUUAUUCAGGAUAGCUCCAAUUUUAAUUUCAAAAGUUCUCUUAGCUAACUUUGUUCAUCGCCGCCCUCAAGCUAUAUUUCAUAAUAACAGGGUGUAAUAAUAUUUGUACCAUUAGAAUAAUUUUGUCUAAUGUUAAAAGGGACCUGUUCAGAUUUUACGGUGGGCGGAACUUUAACGCUGACGGCUACAAAACAGACAGUCCGGACUUCACCUUUCAAACUCCAGUGCAAGACAAACGAUCAUGCCUAGUCAGAACUAAACAAGGCUUGCAGUAUGACCUCUCUACGCGUACAAAAGUUUUAGCAGAAGUGAACCAUGGACAACUCGGGCAGGCCUUACCGGGCAAGGCAAGGCGGUUGGGAGAGGGGAGCAGCAUCGGACAAAGCAGAAAGCUGGAGGAUCCAGGACCAGGGCAGAGGACAGAACUUCAGGCCAGAGGGUGGUCAACAGGGCAAGAAGAAUCAGGGUGGGCCCUACUGGGCCAGUCCCAAGAAGGGAGCACUGGGACCCCUGAGCUACUCCCCUGGUGGAUUCAGAGGUGGUCACAGCCCUUCGCAGAAGGAUGAUGUUCGUUGGUUCUCAGGUCCAGAGAACACUGGUGGGAGUCGAGAUGAUAAGUGGAGAGAGCGUUCUCAACAACAACAGCAGCAGCAGCAGCAGCAGCAGCAGCACUGGAGGAAGAGUAACCAGGGAGAGGGUCCAAAGGAGGACAGGGAGCAGGGGAGGAGAGAGGCCCCCGAUGGCGGUGCUCACAAAUCAGGGAGAAGACGGAGAAAUAGAAACAAGAAGAGAGCUUUUGCUGAGGAGAACAGGGGCCUUGUGAAUGAAGACCUCACACUAUCAGCCAAAGAGCUGCGCAGCCUAAGGCAAGCGGAGAGGCGACUUAACAAAGAUGAGAUCUACUGCCUGAAGAAGAAGUCCCACAGUAACCCCAGUGCACUUUACACCUGUGUUCUCUGUGAUGUUCUCUUGGAAUCUGUGUCUGAUGCUCAAAGGCACUUCAGAGACAAAAGGCACAAGAAAAGGGCAAGGGAGAGGCAAGAGCAGGUGAUGCUGACUGAGAUUCUGCCCCCAGGCCCGGAGCAGAUCAGUGCAGUGAGUGCUGCGCUAGAGGCUGUUGUCCGGGAACAUGGGAUGAAUGACCAGGAUGUUGAGAGGAGGCAGUGUGUUGUCUCUGUCAUGCAAGACCUCCUUCUGUCCGUCCUGCCUGAGAUCAAGCUCAGGCUAUAUGGAUCAUCUUGCACUAAGUUUGGAUUUAAGGAUUCUGAUGUCAACAUUGACAUUCAGUAUCCACCUCAUAUGCAUCAGCCAGACGUCUUGUUGUUGGUCAAGGAGAGCCUCUCUGUGAGCCCUCUCUUUGUUGACCUGGAAGCUGAUUUUCAUGCCAGGGUGCCUGUUGUCAUCUGCAAAGAGAAAAGGAGUGGCCUGAUCUGCAAAGUGAGUGCAGGGAAUGAAAAUGCAUUCCAAACCACCUCCUAUCUUUCUGCUUUAGCAAAUCAGGAGCAUCUCCUCCACCCACUGGUUUUGUGCCUCAGACGCUGGGCCCAGAUCUGUGAGAUCGACCGUGCAGAGGAAGGAGGGCUGCCACCGUAUGUCUUCGCCCUCAUGGUCAUCUACUUUUUACAGCAGCGCAAAGAGUCUCUCUUGCCUACCUAUCUAAACCAAGAUAUUAAGGUGUUUACACUCAGUAGGCUGUCAGACUUCAAUCUCACACAUACAGAGGAUGGAUAUUUACACUGGGCUUAUACCCCUUCCUCUAAAGAAUCAUCACAGCCAGCAGAGGGCUCCUGUAUAAAGGGAAAGGUUCCGUUGGUGUUUCAGAGUCCUCACCUGCCUGUGGAAGUUGGGCUUCUCUGGGUUGAAAUGCUUCGCUUCUACUCACUGGAGUUCAACAUGGCUGACAACGUCAUAAGCGUGCGGACCAGUACUGUCCUCUCCAGAGAGAUUAAAGACUGGCCAAAGAAACGCAUUGCAGUGGAGGACCCAUUUGCUGUGAAGAGAAAUGUGGCCCGCACAGUCAACAGCCAGCAAAUGUAUGAAUACAUCCUCCACUGCCUCAAAACCACGUACAAGUACUUUGCGCUGCCACUCAACACGCCAGCUGCAAAUCAUAAAACAGGAGCACAGCGUGGACCCAUUCAAGGGGCAAAUGCUAAGGAUUUGAAUGAAGAGAUCGUACGCCUACUGGAUUUCAGUCAGCUCACUGUUCAGUCCCAACAUGAAAGUCUACCUAAAGCUGUAGAAAAUGGUCCUGAAGACUCUGAUUGCAUUAUUGAGGAGGAGGAGGAAGUCGAAGAAUACAGUGACUCAGAUGAAGAGAGAGAGAAGGAAAAGGUGGACCUGGGCAAAAGCAGUCUCUCGGAGGAUGAGGAGGAGCAGGAGCAGGACGAAGAUGUAGAUAUUGAUGUGGAUGCGCACACCAGACUCCAUUUGGACAGCUUCACCACAGAGGAUGAGGAGAUUUUCCCAGUGGAUGAGAUUUCAGGGGAGGAGCUUUUGUCUGAUGAAGAGGGUCCAGAUUUAGACACACCUGGUUCAGUGGAUGAGGAAGAGGAGGAAGAGUUGGAGUUGGCACCUGUUGGUCUAUCACCUCCACCUUUAGAGGAUACAGUUAAAGACGAGAGCCCUGAAAAUAAAAACCAAAAACAGACCAGACAGUCUUACGAGUUCACCAGGCAAGCUUUCACCAGAGGAAAAUCACACAUGGUCGUGUGCAGCUUAUGCAAGCGUGAUGGACAUCUGAAAAAAGACUGCCCCGAAGAUUUCAAGAAAGUGCAGCUGGAUCCUUUGCCCCCUAUAACACCAGAGUUUGUUGAUGUCCUUAACAAAGUCUGCGAGCAGUGCUACACUGACUUUGCCCCAGAUGAACUGGAAGUGGGCGUAAGAGAGCACAUCCUUCAAGACCUUGAGACCUUUGUCAGACGACAGUUUACUGGAGCUCAGCUGCAACUAUUUGGAUCAUCCAAAAAUGGCUUUGGCUUCAGACAGAGUGACCUAGACAUCUGUAUGGUGUUGGAGGGGCAGGAGACCAUAGAUGAUGUUGACUGCAUCAACAUUAUUGAGAGCCUGGCAAGACUGCUUAAGAAACACCCAGGUCUGAAGAACAUCCUACCCAUCACUACAGCAAAAGUACCCAUCGUGAAGUUCUACCAUGUUCGCACUGGCUUGGAGGGAGACAUCAGCCUCUACAACACACUGGCACUGCACAACACACACCUACUGGCUUCAUAUGCUGCCAUUGACAGGAGAGUGAAGAUCCUCUGUUACGUCAUGAAGGUUUUUGCCAAGAUGUGUGACAUCGGUGAUGCCUCUCGUGGCAGCCUUUCGUCCUAUGCGUACACACUCAUGGUGCUAUUCUUCCUCCAGCAGAGAAAUCCACCGGUUAUCCCUGUGCUUCAAGAGAUCUAUGAUGGAAAGAAGAAGCCUGAAGUGCUAGUUGACGGCUGGAACGUGUACUUCUUUGAUGAUUUAAAAGCAUUACCCAGUCGCUGGCCGCAGUACAGGAAGAACACUGAGACGGUGGGGGAGCUGUGGCUCGGCCUGCUCCGCUUUUACACGGAGGACUUCGACUUCAGAGAGCACGUCGUCUGUAUUCGUCAGCACGGCCGUCUCACUACCUUCAACAAGCAGUGGACGUCCAAAUACAUUGUCAUCGAAGAUCCAUUUGACCUGAAUCAUAAUCUUGGUGCUGGUCUGUCCAGGAAAAUGACAAACUUCAUCAUGAAGGCUUUCAUCAAUGGCAGAACAGUGUUUGGCACACCCAUCAAAGCCUUUCCUCCCAUGUACCCCAGUCAGAUGGAGUAUUUCUUUGACCCUGAAGUUCUCACUGAGGGAGAAGUGGCUCCCAAUGACCGCUGCUGCCGCAUCUGUGGCAAGAUUGGCCACUUCAUGAAAGACUGCCCCAUGCGUAAGAAGUCCAAACACAGAAGGGACUCUGAGAAAAGGCCAGAGCACCUGAGAGACAGAAUGGAUACAGCAGAGGACCCCAGGGAUCAGGUCAGACACAAGAAUGAAAACUGGAGGAAAAGAGAUGCACUGGAAAUGCGCUGCUGCUACCUGUGUGGAUCAAGUGCCCACAUCAAGAAGGAUUGUCAGCUGUACAGAAGCCCUGCAGGUAAUGUGAAGAUGGAAGGCUUUCCCUCCCCCUCUUCUGCCCACUUGAGGAAUUUGAGAGAAAAGGAGAAACAGGGUUCACCUAUACAAGAAGAGAAGAAGAAGAGGAAGCAACAAAAUGUGAUAUUAAGUCCACAAGCAGGUAGUUUAGCCUGCCGAAAUAUGGGUCGCUCUGGUCACAGGAAGAGCCCAGUGGAAUGAGCAGCAGCUGUGGCUACACAAACCACAAGGUUCUACUCUUGUCCAGGCAGACAGAAAGUCCAGAAACCCUCAAAUCUGUAUGGGACUGUUGGGCCAAUUGGAGCCCAUUAAAAGCCAAAGCCAGGACGCCUUGACUUGAAGCCAAAUAGGGCCUUUUUAUGUGUGUUGUUUUUUUUCCCCCCUAAAGUGCUCCUCCUCAGAGGAGCUUUUUAAAGCUUUCAUUUUAACAAGACAAGCCAUUAUGCAUGCACCUCAUGUCUUUGUUUACUCUACACUGCCAGUCAAGUUUUUUUUUAAUACUCAUUACAUUUUGAGCAAUGCAGAUUCAGUGUGAAACCACUUAAAUUAGACAAUAUAAGUAAUUGAAAAGUGUCUGCCAUAUGAUUAAUAGAAAAUUGCUUUGCUCUUUAUCACCACAAUAAGUUAUUUUUUGCAGACAACACACUAUAUAGUUGUCUUGUAAUUGAUGCUAACACUUGACACUUUUUAGGCUCAACUGUCCUCACAGAUAAGACCUAGUGUUUGUAAACACUGCCUCAGCUGUAAGACAAAUGGACAUGGCGAUGGUAUGGUACAUUGGCUUUAACUUAAAAGUGAUUUGAGGUCGCCAUUUCAAAUUAAAUCAGAAAUUCACUCAUCAGUUCAGUUACAUCUUAUGUUUUAAUUGCAAGGUUUUUAGGAUGAAUUGUCCAGUUAUCAUUCUUGAGAACAAAAAAAAAUUCUAAUAUAAGUUCAAAAAGUUUUGAAUGGCAGUGUAACUUACCUGAUGGCUAGGAUCUUUUUUUUUCUUUUAAAUGGGAAUUUCUUUUAAAUCCUGUUUAAUUUAUCCUCUGCACUGACGUCCAUCAGUCUGUCUCUUGUUCAGCCUUGAAAGCAGCUCUUCCUGCAGUGUGUCUCUGUGCGUUUGUGUGUCUCUGUGUUAGAGAAAAAUGCCCUGUAGAUAUUUUUUCAGGAUCAUAGUUUUAUUUUUUGAGACUGCUGAUCCACCCCCAUUUCAUAGAUACACACUGCCCCUGAACUGCCUGUAAGUGUGAGUGGAAGGUAAAGUUCUAGUAGAUCUCUACAUUUUCUGCUAGCACUGGCCAGUAUGUGUCUUUACACAUGCUAGGAAGUGGUGUAACUAUAGAACAAGCAAGAACAUAUAGCUGAGAAAGUUUCCUGCUUACACUCAGUGGUUAUGAUUAUUUAAAAAAAAAAAACCCUAUCAACUGGUCCAGUUGAUGGCAUACACUGCUGCAAACGCUGUGUUCACUUACUCCUUAACUAGAGGUAAUCUCAGUUAGUUCAGUGGAAAGAUAAAUGUAUUUAUUUGCCACAAAGGCUUCAUUUAAUUUUGUAGUAAUGGUGCCACAAAUUGGUAGCUGCACUGUGAGGGUCCACGCCCUUGUAUUAUGUUGCUGCUAGAACUAAGACCUGCUUAUCAUUCGACUUCGAAUAUGGACUGUCUGGCUUUGUUGUUGUCCUAAUAUGGCAAAAUUUUAUUAAAAAAUGAAGUGUUAUUGAUGGUAUUGUAAUGAAAUUUCUCAUUUUAAAGUAGCUUUGUUUUAAUGCCAGCCUUAUUGCAUUUCUUUUGUUGUAUUCAAAUGGGAGGUUUAGUUUGUUAUGAAGGAACCCCAAUCCUGCCAGAAAAGGUUGGCUUGCAAUCCAUUUUGUGUCUCCAAAUUCAUUAAACUGAAAUCAAAUCCCAGUGUUGAAUAUAUCCAUGAAAAAGUUUUGUUUGUUUUGUUUUUUCGAAAUAGUGUACAGGUAUCAAACUGUUUGUGCAUUUAGGGACCACAAAAGUCUGCAGUAUUUCUAGAGCCUCACCAUUGUACAGCAUAUAGUGGGAAAACCCACAGGUGUGAUUAAAAAUUGUUGGCAAUGUAA